CACGCCCUCUCCGCUGUUUGAGUCCAGAAGACAUCGGCGCAGCUCGGAGCCGCAUAGCAGACAUUGUUGUUCAUCUCAUCUGGAGGAUUUUUGGCGUUUUCUAAUAUGGUUUGUGGCGGUUUCACCUGUUUGAAAAACGCCCUCUGCUCCCUCAAUGUUGUUUACAUGCUGGUUGGGCUGCUGCUCAUUGGAGUGGCAGUCUGGGGGAAAGGCUUCGGCUUGGUGUCCAGCAUCCACAUCAUCGGAGGCGUCAUAGCGGUGGGCGUCUUCCUGCUGCUCAUCGCCAUCGUUGGCCUCGUCGGAGCCAUUCACCACCACCAAGUCAUGCUUUUCUUUUACAUGGUCAUCCUCUUCAUCGUUUUCCUCUUCCAGUUUGGAGUUUCCUGUUCCUGCUUGGCGAUGAACCGCGGACAGCAGGUGGUUCUCCUGAACUCCGCCUGGGGGAUGUUGGACAAUAAAACCAAGGUAAACCUGGAGGACCAACUGGACUGCUGCGGCCUGCUGAACGUCUCCAACAACCACUCACAGUUUGACGAGGACGUGAGAAACUGUCGCGCUCCAUGCAAAGCUGAAAGAUCCUGUCUGAGCUGCGGGGAUAAGAUGCUGAAUCAUGCAACAGAAGUUCUGAAGAUCCUCGGGGGCGUCGGACUUUUCUUCAGCUUCUCAGAGAUCCUCGGCGUGUGGCUCGCCGUGCGCUACCGGAACCAGAAGGAUCCUCGAGCAAACCCGAGUGCUUUCCUAUAGUCUGCCCCUCGCGUCCCGCAGCAGGCACUUGUUUUCCCUGCAGACACACUGGUACAACACACACACACAGAGAAAAUGGACGAGCGCACAACCCACUCCGAACUGGAUACUCGUGCAUGAACGGAUGACUGGUAACGCUGGUGAGUCUUACUGGUUCAGCCUUGAUUUGAGUCCCAGACGUCCUGCAUGUUCCCCCCAAGUCCCAACAAACACACACACUCACACACACACACACAUACGCCAACCAACGACUCCAUCACUAAUAGCCUGUGUGCACCUUGAAACGUUCCUCCUGUCUCUAGCGUAGUAACAGCUAACGUUCCCCUGUGUCGGUGAAAUGCGCCAAACGAUGCGACGGGGAAAAAAACGAGGCAUAGAAGCGGUGAUGUAAAGUAGUGUAAUUAUUUCCCUCCCCAAACACGUCGGCGGGGAGCCUAGCAGGUAGAUCUUUAGGUAGCAGUUGCUCGUCCUUUGGGUUAGUUUCAGAUGUUUGUGAACUGUAACUGAGCCAGCUAACUUUCAGUCAGCGACAUUCACAUGCCACAGACUGCAGCCUUCAUGUUGUACAUAUAUUCUUAUUUAAGAUACUGGAACGCUCGGUGGAUCGGCAGAAGUAGUCGCGUCCCUAUGUUUGAGCGACGGCGUGUAGUUUAGAUCCCGCCGCCGCUGCAGCUGUAGGAAAUCACAGCGAAAACUUUUUCAUGUCGUUUAUUUCAGGAAAAUAAAAAAAAAGGUAUUUUAGCCAAAGUGGCUUUUUUUUCAAUGGAGAGUAAAGAGUGCCAAAUCACAAUGAAUAAAUAAUUGUUUUAUUAAUAUUAUUAACAACAAAAUUAUAUUGAUGUUAUUAUUUUUAAUGACAAUAUUAACAGCUGUGACAAAGUGCUGAUAAAAUCAAAGAACAUUCAAAAUAUGGAAAGGACAAAAGAGGUAAAUAAAACGCUAAAACGGAAAUGAGUAAUGGCAAAAAUAUGGAAACAAUAAUGGUAUUAAUACUGUUGUUGCUAACAGCAAUAAUAAUAAUUGUUAUAGCAAUAACUAUUAUUGCUGUAACAGUAAUAGUUAAAAUUACUGUUAAUGACAAUAUUAAAAAUAUUAUUAAUAGUAAUAUGCUGUUAACUAUGAUACAGUUAAUGCUAUUACCAUUAUUAAUAAUAAUAAAUGGAAAUCAUUAUUAAAAUGUUAAUUUUUUAAAAUUGAAAAUAAAUACAGGAAUUUAUUAAAUAUAAAAUUGGUUAUAUGUGCCACAAUUAAUUGUAUUGAUUUUAUUUUAAAAACUAUAUCUAAUUAUGUCAUGUUCUUCUGCUGAUCAUGAUUUAAAUUAAAAUUAAAUUUCAUUAAACUCAGUGGGCGGGAUUAGUGGAAAUCCUGACGUCUGAUUGGCUAAGUGAUCAAGACAACUUAUUCAAGGUUUGCUAUCAUUCUGGGUCAAUAUUGUCAAUGGAAAGUGAAUAAAUAACUUCAAUAAAUUAUUUACUAAAAGAUGAGCAACUCCGGCCUUUCUGUCUCUCAUUUGGUCUGAAAUAAGUUAAGAGAGAGGAGCUGGUGUUAGCGGCGCUAGCUGGUGUUAGCAGUGCUUGCUGCUGUUAGCGGCGCUAACGUGUGUAGCAGCAUCACAGUGAGACCUUUGGUGAAAUUAUUAGCGAUAUUUAAGCCCAAACUAGAAAUCUAGAGGCUGGAGUUGCUCAGCCAGAGUUUGUAGUAAAUAAAUUACAAAACUUUAUUGAAAGUAUUUCUACAUUACCUGUGGAAAUAUUGACUCAGUCAAAACAAACUUACAGGAAGUUGGCUAAGUGGUCAAACUGGCUGGUUGAAGCAGCCAAUCAGAUGCCAGGGUCUCACCUAAUCCCGCCCACUGAGUUUCCCAGAUGAAACAAAGUUCAUUUAAAAUAAUUUAAUAGAUGUAAUUGAGACACAAAUCUGUAUUUAUGCCCAGUUUUAACACUAGCAACAAAUAAAAAUAUUUAUUUCACGGUUUAUUAUAAUUUGGCACUCUUCACUCUCCAUAUUUUGCAAAUCUUUUAUUGUGUUAAUUGUGAUAAUGUGCUCCUUGUUGCUAUUUUAAAGCCCUCAAAAAACAACUAAUGUUUUUUUUCUGUUGCCAUAUGUCUUUGUAUUCAUCAGUGUUAAAUGCUUUGUAAAAAUAUACGAAUAAUGCCUGUUGGAUAUUUUUAGAAUCUAUUUAAGUUUAGUGCACAUUAAGCAGAUGUUAUAAUUUUCCUCGGUAUGUCACAUUUCCUGCUCAUGUGUUUCUAUUAUUAUUUUUGAUUUUAACUUAAAGGACUAAUGCGAGCUGUAAUGAAAUGUCUUACUUGAACCUGUCAUCUUUGCUGAUGUGGAUUUUUUGCUGCUGAUUUGGACUUGGUGUAAAUGUUAUGACAGAUCCUAAUGCCAUAUAUUACAUGUAUCCACUUUGAAUUUCUGUGCACUUGUUAUCGAAAUGUAUGAAUUUUUGAGACUUAAUUUUCCAAAUAAUAAAACUUUAAACUGGAAAACUG